ACUCAGCAGAUCCGACACACACACAUACACACAGACAUGUACACACACAUCGGACGGUUAUAUUUUUUCAACCGGUUCGGAUAGGUUAGUUCGAUCGUCCGUUCAUUCAGUCGGUGUCACUACGGCCACGCGCUCGUCGAACCGCACCACGACCGUCGUCGGAUAUUAAUUCUUAUAGCAAUAAUAAAAUAUUAUCUUCGUAUUUCGUGGACUCAACCAAUAUUGUCGCUCGUCCGCGUCUACAAAUCUGUUCGUCUUCUCUCUUCCGUACAAAUAAUAUAGCAGGACGUAAUAUGGCGCAGUCUUCGUUGAAGCAAGUGAUCAACUUCGGAGCUGGACCGGCUAAGAUUCCCAAACAGGUCCUGGAACAGGUUAAAGAUGAACUCUUGGAUUGUGGUUGCGGUAUCAGCGUUAUGGAACUCAGUCACCGGUCAUCCGAGUACACAGCUAUCAACAACCGAGCUAUUGAUUUGUACAGAGAACUACUUGAUAUACCAGAAAAUUAUAAAAUAUUAUUGAUGCAAGGAGGAGGAACCGGUGCUUUUGCUUCAGUAGCAUUGAACUUAUUGCACAGAGGUGCAAAAGCUGACUACAUUUUGACAGGUGUUUGGUCCACUAAAGCUGCUAAAGAAGCAUCUAAAUACUUAAAGGUAAAUCAUGUGUUUCCAAAACCGGAGAAAUUUAAUGGUAUUCCCGAUCAAUCUACAUGGAAACUAGACCCAGAAGCUGCAUACGUGUAUUAUUGUGAUAAUGAAACCGUGAACGGAGUUGAAUUUCCCUUCAUUCCCGAGACAAAUGGUGUACCAUUGGUAUGUGACAUGUCAUCCAACAUUAUGACGAAGGUAUUUGACGUGACCAAGUUUGGUGUGGUGAUAGCUUGUGCGCAGAAAAACCUCGGUCCCGCGGGUAUAACUGCAAUUAUUAUACGCGAAGACCUUCUAGGAAAACCGAGCCCGCUUUGCCCACAAGUUUUCGACUACACAUUGUUCACUCAAGAAAAUUCAUUGCUUAAUACACCUCCAACAUUAAUAGUUUAUAUUUUUUCACUCGUAUUACAAUGGGUGAAAAAUCAAGGAGGACUUGUUGCUAUGGAAGCUAACUCAAAGGCAAAAAGUGAACUUUUAUACAAUGUCAUAGAAAACUCUCGAGGCUUUUAUUCAUGUCCUGUGGCUAAGGACUCUAGAAGCCGCAUAACCGUGCCGUUCUGCCUUCGUGCAGGAGCUGAGGCUGACAAGCAGUUUCUAAAAGAAGCACAAGACUUAGGGUUUUUACAGCUUAAAGGACACAGAUUGGUGGGAGGUGUUCGAGCAGCCAUGUAUAACGCCUUGACUUUAGAUGAAGUAAAAAUUCUAGUUGAAUUUAUGACUAAGUUCCAUGAACGAAAUCCACAAUAUUCCGCUUAAAAAGAAUUAAACUAUUCAAUACUUAUUAUA